UGCAACAGACAGAGCUGCGAGCCAGCCCCGCAGGCUGCCUGCCAAACGUUAGCAGCAACAGCAGCUCAACUGAGAUAAGAGCUCCAGCGGUCGGGCGUGUGCGGAUGGAGAAGAAAGCAUGAGGAAGGGGAGAGGCAAUCUCUCCUCCCCAGUGUGCUGUUUUCCUCUUUCGUUUCUUCUCUCUCUCUCUCUCUCUUGCAACGCACACCGAAAGCAGGUGACGUGGGGGGGCCCUCCGCUGCGCCCGCAGCUGGACUUUUCCCCCAAGGGUGAAGCCAAGCCCUGAGCGAUGGGACAGCUGGCAUUCCUGGGCAGAAGCGAAGACGCUCCCUUGCUAAUGAAGCUCCCCAAACCAGACGCUUGAUGUUUUAUUACCCAACUAGGUAACAUCAUCAGGGCCAUAACGGAGGAGGAGGUGUGUGGGGUCCUUGGUGUUCUCUGAGCUUGGUGGUUUCCUUGAAGACAUUUCAUGAUCCAAAAAAAUCUAACCAGCGGGAAGAAGCCAAGAUGGAAAGCCGAAAGACGCCUGUGACAAGCCCGCAGAAGCUUUCUCUGAUGUCCUCCCCAGUACGAGCAGUGGUGCGCCUUCGGAGGACGGCCCACGCGUUUAAAAAAGGCUAUCCGCCUGGGGACAAACUCCUCCAGAGACAGUUUUCCCUUGGGAAAAGCAAACUGAGCAACAUCGCCAACCAAGCGUCUUUCAACAGUUCCCAGUACUUCACUUUCGAUCCCGCCGGCCCGCUCCCGGUGACCAAACCCAAGCGCCGUAAGAAGAAAUCGAGGAACCCCCGAGUGCUGUAUCCGGAAAGCUCGAAGAAAUACCUGCCCGCCGAGCACACGAGCAAAGCCACCCGCUUCCUCCUCUUGUUCGUGGCCAUCAUUUGCUUCCAGAUCCUCAACGCCAUCGAGAACUUGGACGAUAACCUCAUGAAGUACGAUCUGGAUGGGUUGGAGAAGACCAUGGCCCGGGAGGUUUUUGGGCAGCCCUUGGUCAUCGAAAGGGUCGUGGGGCUGUUGAAAGAUUACCUGGCCACCCACGUCCAUAACAAACCUUUGGUCAUCUCCUUCAACGGCCCGAGCGGAGUUGGGAAGAGCCACAUCGGUUGGCUUCUGGCGAAGCACUUUCGCUCCGUGAUGGGACCCCGUUCGGUGCUCCAUUAUUUCACGAUGCAUCACUGCCCCGCCGGAACCUCCGUCUCCACCUGCCAGUUGGAGUUAUCGGAGACCAUCGGAGACAUGGUGGCUCAAGCCGAAAUAGAAGAAAUCAUCCCCUUGUUUAUUCUGGAUGAGGUGGAAUUCAUGCCCGAAACUCUGUUGGAGACCCUGAGUGGGUUUUUCCAGAAGAACCAAACCAACGAAUACCUCAACGCCAUCUACAUUCUCAUCAGCAACUUGGGAGGCGAGGAGAUCACCCAUCGCUUCCUGCAGAACGUCUCCAAUGGCUCGUCACCGCCUCAGCAGAAGCUGGAAGAGCUUCAGUCCGUUCUCCGGCCCAUCCUGAGCCACGUCCACUCUUUCUGGACAGGGGUGGAGAUCGUCCCCUUCGGGUUGUUGGAGAAAACCCACAUCUUGAGCUGCUUCUACGAGGAGAUGAUGAGCGAAGGGAUCUACCCAAACGCAAGCCACAUCGAACGCUUGGCUGGCCAGCUCAGCUAUUACAAAAAGGCAGGGAAGGAAUUUGGAAGAACUGGUUGCAAACAGGUGGUAGCCAAAGUCAAUCUCCUAUAACUGUGAUGGUGAACAAGUGGCACGCGGGGCCAUAUCGGUGGGCAUGCGAGUGUUGACCUAGCUCAGCUCUGGCGCACAAGCAUGCACUGGCCAGCUGGUUUUCAGGCCUUCCGCAAAUGGGCAAAGGGGCCGUUUCCGGCCUCUGGAGGGCCUCCGUGGGAGUGGGGAAGGACGUUUUUGCCCUCCCCAGGUUCCUAGAAAGGCUCUAGAGCCUAGGGAGAGUGAAAAACGGGCCUUCCAGUCCCGGCUGAGUGGGCGUGGUUAAAUCGGAAUGGGUGGGGCUUCAAAAGCGAGGGGUAUAAAUCGCUCCUUCCCCCUCGUUCGAACACUGUCAUUUGUGCCGAGAACCACAAUAAAAUAGAACGGGAUACAUG